UGAGGCGUUGGGCAUCGGCUUCUCUCCGCGCUGCAGCUCGCCCGACAUGGAGCCGUCUGCGGGAAACCGCCGGGAGUGAUCCCGUCUUUCCGACCGACCCUUCGGCGCCCGCGCUCGCUCCGAUGGAGCCGGACGAGACGCCGCUCGCCCCUCCGAAGACCAUGCAUCUGAUGCUGAGGAAAGUUCGCAAGAGGCGGGAGAUGCUGCUGCAGCAGCUGGGCUUCAUCUGCGCCAUCCUCUUCUUCGUCUGGUGCAUGUCCAGCCUGCUUUCCAGACUGGGCCAAGAAUCAACUAUUGCAAACAGACGUGUUUUAUCAGAAAUAUGGAGGAAUAGAAGGUUGAUGGCAUCACCUAAUGGGACACAUGAAGAAAAGAACUGUACAGAGCCAGCCAUUAAUGAAUUUCCUGAAGAUGUAUUUACAAAUAAAGAACGGCAGCAAGGAGGAGUUCUGCUUCAUAUCAUUGCCGCUCUUUAUAUGUUCUAUGCUUUGGCUAUAGUAUGUGAUGACUUCUUUGUUCCAUCCUUAGAGAAAAUCUGUGAGAAACUACAUUUGAGUGAAGAUGUUGCUGGAGCCACAUUCAUGGCAGCAGGGAGCUCCACUCCAGAACUGUUUGCAUCUGUUAUAGGUGUAUUUAUCACUCAUGGAGAUGUAGGAGUAGGGACCAUUGUCGGUUCAGCAGUUUUCAACAUCCUCUGCAUUGUUGGUGUCUGUGGAAUUUUUGCAGGACAGGUUGUUUGUCUCACCCAGUGGGCUGUGUUCCGCGACUCUGUGUACUACACGUUAUCUGUGAUCAUACUUAUUGUUUUCAUAUAUGAUGAGAAAAUAGAGUGGUGGGAAAGCCUUGUACUCAUCAUUAUGUAUUCAUUCUACAUACUUAUCAUGAAGUACAACGCGAGGAUGCAAAAUUUCUUCAGCCUUAAAAGCAAGAAUGUUGGAAAUGGUGACACAGUCAAUGAGCUGGAAGAUGGUAAUAAAUGUUAUACCUCUAGUUGUGAUGACCCAUCCAUUCCAUUACUAUGCAAAGUGAAGGGGAUGCAGCAGUAUGGCAAAAACAGUGUUGUGAUGGUGGAUGAGAUCAUCUGCUCAAGUCCCCCCAAAUACCGGUUCCCCGAAGCUGGAUUACGGAUUAUGAUUACAAACAGGUUUGGACCACGCACCAGAAUGCGGAUGGCAAGUCGACUCAUCAUUAAUGAGCGUCAGCGGUUAAUCCAAUCUGCCAAUGGCUCAAGCAAACCACUUCAGAAUGGGAGACAUGAGAAUAUUGAAAACGGAAACAUCCCUGUGGUGAACCAAGAGGAGGAAAAUGAACAGGACAAUCUAUCUCCCUUUUCAGUGCCGGAUGGAAAAAUGAACAAAAUUAAAUGGAUUUUGACAUGGCCAUUGAUAUUCGUGCUCUUUUGCACCAUUCCAAACUGCAGCAAACCACGCUGGGAGAAGUAUUUUAUGCUGACAUUUAUCUUAUCCACUCUCUGGAUUGCCUUGUUCUCCUAUUUCAUGGUGUGGAUGGUAACUGUGAUUGGAUACACCCUUGGGAUACCAGAUGUGAUCAUGGGCAUUACUUUCCUAGCUGCAGGAACCAGCGUCCCAGACUGCAUGGCCAGCUUAAUAGUAGCAAGACAAGGCCUUGGUGACAUGGCAGUCUCCAACACAGUAGGGAGCAAUGUCUUCGACAUUUUGGUGGGCCUUGGCGUUCCCUGGGGUUUGCAGACCAUGGCAAUUGAUUCUGGAUCAACUGUUAAGAUCAACAGCAAGGGACUGGUCUAUUCAGUUGCACUUUUGCUAGGAUCAGUGGCACUUACUGUGUUGGGAAUCCAUGUAAAUAAGUGGAAACUUGACAGGAAAUUAGGCAUCUACGUGUUGUUUCUUUAUGCUAUUUUCCUGUGUUUCUCUAUAUUGAUAGAGUUUAACGUCUUCACCUUUGUCAACUUCCCUAUGUGCCGAGAAGAACUUUAAACUACAACAAAGAGAGAGACUGAAAUUCUUCUGAUUACAUGUGCUGUAAAUGACAGGAGGCAUUUCACUUUUCUACCUUCUUUCCAUCAGUAAUUUGAGUGUUGUUCCUGCUUCAUCAGCUAACAAGCACUUUUACCUGUGUGGAAGGAAAGCAUACCUUUCUUUUAACGUGCUAGCUCGAGGCAACCAAAGCAUUUUCCUCCUGUUUGGAUAUUGCUGCUCAGUCAUAAAGCUCUGUGGAUCUUAUGCAGAACUCUAAAAUGACCCUUUUCUGGGACAUUCUGUUGUGGUUUUCAUUCUCCUUUUGCAGACAAUCAGCCACCACCACCAAGGUUAGCAAGAGGAUGGGAGAAAAAUCUUUAUAGUUCUUUUGGUUCUGACAUUUACUUUUCAUGGAAGAGUAAGAGGCAAGUUCAAAACUUUCCUUGGCUCAGUCAAAAUAUCUCAACUACAGGACCAGGAAGUCCGAGGCACAUAUCACGGCAUGCACUGUUGAGGACAUCAUUUCCCCCUUCAAGUGCUCUGCUUAUAGAGGAACUGCACUGACAGUUUUUGAUGGCAGUGUUGAAUAUUAAUCACUCUUUUCAAUGAACGUGAACAAUGUGGCAGAGAAAGAAGAGGAAAUGGUUGUAUGUUGUAUCACUUGUGAUGAUGCACACUAAAAGCCAGAGUAUCUGCAUAUUGAAGAAGACAGUUACAUGCAGAAAUUCAUACUUGAAAAAUUUGUUUUACUAUUAAUGAGGAAUGCUGUAUACAUAAAUAUAAACUAACAUUUGUGGAAUAUUACACCACAAGAAAAACUUUGCAUUGGUCCUUGAAAGCCCAUUGUGUAAAUUUAGAUGAAACUAAACAAAUAAAUAUAACUGGGUGCUCAGUAACUAUCAGUUGUUGUUACCAGCUGAGAGUAGUAGCUGAACAUAAUCCAGACUUUCUGGCAACAAAACCCUCCCUGAUUAUGAUUUGAUUUGAUUUGAUUUGAUUGGUGGGGGGAAGAAGCUUAUUUCAUCAGUCAAGAAGCUGGUCUAUUCUUCUCGGUUUUUUAUUUAUUCCCAGAAGCUUAAUGAAGAUGAGUCUGACACUGAGCAGUGCAGAUAAGAAGCACCUAGACAAAAGCAAGUCUGCCAAGAGAAUACGGUCCUUGAUUUGAUUGCAUGCAAGUUUUGAAGCAUGAUAUACUUCUUUUUCACCCCCAGUAGAAGCAAAGUUUUUAUAUCCUUUCCACCAGCAUAAAUCCGGUAUCAGGAAUUACUCUGGAUGUAAUUGACAGCAAGAUCUGGCCCAGAGUAUUAAAAAUGAUGGGUAACAUUCCACAUUGUAGCAGUCACACGAUUGCAGAUCGCUGAGACUGCGUAUUUUGAAUUGCAACUAAACUUCAAAAAUAUUUUAAAUCUGCAUGUGAAUGGUCACAUGAAGUUUCUAAAGAAGCACAGUUAACUUUAUACAUAGAUUUUUUUAAUUUUUUAAUGUUUAUAAACCAAAACAAAUCUAUGAACUAACAGUUGAUGCAUUUUUAAAUAUAUUAAUAUUUUGCACUUAAGACUAUAUAUAAAAAAAUCCCAUUAUUGUGUCAAUGAGAACAUACGAUAAAACCUUAGCAAAUAAGCACUAAAUCAGAAAGUUUUGACAUAUAUGACAAAUAAUUCUCUUUAGCCAGCUCACAUGCAGAAUACUAUUUACACUGGGCAAUGUGUUUACAGUUAAGGCUAUUUUUAAAUUAUUUUGGUACGAAUUAAGGAGUGUAUUCUGCUGUUGAAUUUUUUAAGUAAUUGUUUCCUUUCAAUGUAACCCUAAGGAAAAAUAAGCAACAUAUUUGUUAUUUGCUUUACGCUUUGUCACAAAUGUCAGUAUUAGUAUCCAUUUAGGGUUUUUCCCUUUAAGUAGGUAUGUAGUUAAAGUAGCCGGUCCUAAAGAUGUCAACAAAACCAGCAUUAUUAAAAUGCUUUAUUGAAUAGGCAAGCAUAACAGUAAACACAUUUGGUGUCAACUAUGCCUGUGACCCCAUUUCCAGGCAUUCAAGACAUUUUUGCUGCAGUGUAAAGCUGAGGAGAUGGAAUUCAUGUUCAUCAUUAUGAGCCUUCUGUUGCAGAAAGGCUGUGAAGGCGCAGCAUGCUGCUGCGCUGUUGUAGGAGCAUCCCUCUCUAGUCCUGCUCUCUUCCCUGCUGACUUUCAGGAGGACAGUUUGCUGCUGAAAGCCUUGUGGUGGCUUAGAUAUGAGGCUGAAAGGAGCAGAGAGAGAGGCUGAAUAAAUGAGUUUUUUCCUGUGUUCUGCUGUUGGGUGGGCUUGGAGAACUAGCUGCCUCCAAGCAAACAUUUGUUCUUCUGUGCACAGUUCAAGCAGUUCAGACGUCUUUACACUACAGAAAAGUAGUUCCAAAAUCUAGCUUGGUAUGCCUAGUGAUCAGCUGAGUUGACAGUGAUGAGGGCAUCAAUGUUUACAGUGCCAGAAUUAGCAAAUUGUACUGUACCUUUCUAUUUCUGAGCCAGGCAACUUUAGAAGACUAGGGACACCAAUUUAUUCUGUAGCAAAUAUGUCCAAAUGCAUGAAAUUGUGUUUGCUAAUGCCAUGAAUGCUCCAGACAUCAUUGAGAAUUAUUCUGCCUAAAUUGAAUAUCACCUGCUCCAGAAAACCAGAGUGUUCUGUUGUAGCAAGAGACAGUCUCAGAAGGUAAUACUCACCUUAAAUCACAUGGCUGGUCCUAUCAUCUAUAGCCCUCCCUAAAACAUAGACCCACUUCGGGACAAUUUAUAUUGAAUUCUAGUGCUGCAUUUCAUGAGGUGGUCUCAUAUGCAUCUUCUGCUAUGGGACAGGUAUCACGCCACACCUAUUGUUACAAAUAAUAUUAGUAGGAUUCUCCUCUGACACCACCACGUGACCAGGGAUGUAUUGUUUGCCAAAGAAUUGUUAGACACUGUAUCAGGGCCUUGAUGACACAUAAUCAUCUGAAGUAGUUUAAAGAGUCCCUAUGUAGUCGUUAUCCAUAUGCUAAAAGAAAUAAAGAUGGCAGUUAUAGAGCAAGCCAUGCAGAGGAACUGAAGAUUUGAUCUGAUUGACAAAUUGUUGUGUUUCAGAUAAACCCACGUCAGAAUGUAUCAGUAGUUCAGGAGGCUAUUGCCGAGUAGUAGUGGACUAGUGCCUUUCACCUGUAUACAAAACAAAGAAUUUGUUCAUGUGGUCAGGAGACCACUCCAAAUUUUGCCAUUUUCAAAAAAAAAAAAAGCGGAGUGAUUUGUGCUUGUCUGACUGCAGUUAGUGCAGUUCUGUCUGUAUCGCAGCUGUUCAGGUUGUGUCUGUAGCCAUUUUGUUGUACUAACCAUUGCAAAAGUUAGCUGGCUGAGUUUGGAAUGUGUGUCACAAUGUUGUGUAAGUUAAUGUUCAGCUCCAGAGUGAAAAGAGAGCGGGUGGAUGCAAGAGAGAAAACUGUUACUGUGAUCUGAAAAUUGCCAGCAUGCUAACACUGAAAAGUAAUACACCUCAGAAGAAGGUACCCUAUAUCCAGCAAAGCUUAACUUCAGUAGGAUUGAUUCCGUGCUUAAAGCUAAGCAUAUAUCCAAGUGCCUUGCUGGAUUGUGUCCUAAGAUGACAGCGGAGCAUGGUUUCUGGGUUUUCUAUUACAUUCAGAUCUUUUAGCAUUUUAUUGGUUUUGUAAUCUGAAGAUUUUGUUCCUUUCUCAAAUUAAAAGCUUUGGCCAGAAUCUGUGGGCUUCUGCUCUGCUGAUACCGCUUGGGAUUUGCACUCUUGUAAAUAAGAGAACUGGUUCCUUGUCUCAGACUUCAAAACUGUGCAUCUGCCCUGGUGUACAAGCAGGAUCAAAACCCAAUUACAGCUGGCCAAGGAGAGCUUUUAGCAGCUCUUCUCUGCUGCAGUCCCACUGGAGUAGCACAGUCCCCCGUAGACCCGCAGGGUGCAGUCCUGUCUGGUGCAAGCAAGUUGGGAGUGUUUCCAUUCAGUUCAGCAGUGUUUGAUUCCAUUUAUUUACCAUAACAAUUGUACUGCAUUAUAAAGUAUUGUCUGAGUAAAGAUUUCAGGCUCAGAAUCUACAUGUCCAAAUCUAAAAAGCUACAGUUAGGGUUAUCAUAAUGACUAUUUGGUGAUCUAAGGGCUGCUCUCUGGGCUGAAGUGUAGCCUAGAAGAACACCUUAAGUCUUCCCAACAGGUACAGCAUAGUCAACCGUCUUUCUCCUGGCUCAGUCAUUGGUGUGCCAAUUUUAUUUUAUUUUUAUAUGCUUGCUGCAGCUGUAACAAACAUAUAAUUAGUUUCUGUCAACAUGUAAACAAAUGGAAAAGGUCUUUACUGGUCUAAUACUUAGCAGUUAUUGAGAAGAUUCUGUUCCGUCUUUGAUUUCCUCUGUGACUGUGCUUUAAUUAUACACACUUGUUUCUAUUCUGUGUUUGGUCUAGUUGCACACAUCCCUCAUGAAUUUUGUUGUCUUCCUUUCUUGGGUUUCUUGCAAUUGUAAUGACAUUUAUUUGUGUCCUACAGUUAGAUGUUUUUGGUAGAGUGCUUUAAGAUGUGUAAAUACUGCCUGAUUAUUCAUGCCAAGGAAAGAUUAGACCUAAUGUAAUGUAAAACAGACACUAAAAUAACACUUAUAGCCAGGUGAAACCAAAGAAUCUUCCUAAUUGAAAUGCAUCACCUUUGAGCAUAAUGUUCUGUCAUUGCAAGCCUCAGAUUUCUCAGUUAUUUGUGUUUAAACACUCAAAAGAAAUUCUCUGCAGCUACAUAAUUUCCUUUCUAUAUGUGGGAGUCUGAACUCCAGAUUUUUCAUUUUGUUGGGUGGUGAUAUUUAUAUGAUGGUUACACAGGUAAAUGACAGGAUUUAGUUCCAGCAAUUCUGUACCAAACCCUUCGUUAUUCCCUUAAACUACUUUGAAAACCCUGUAUGCAAGUGAUCAAUGUUCUGCUGAAGAGAAGAAUGUCGUUCAACUGACAUGAACAUUCCGGUUCCUGACCCGCUGUGUACAUGUUUAAAAGCCUACUUCUGAAUUACUUGAGCGUACACUUUUCUCAUAUUUCCCCCUGUGUGGUGUCCUGCUAUUUUGUCCCCAGAGAAGGCUGUGAAAUCCUAUACAUCCUGUCCUGAAAUGUGAGAUGCAUUUAGCUCCUUCUCCACAGGCUGAGAUGUGUAGUGAUUCUGGCAAUUUGUACAUCGCGUUGUUCUGCUUGCUGCCAUACUUUUGACAUACAGUGCACUGUCUGAAAGAAAUGAAUGAUUAUGGGAAACUAAUGCCAUUUGGAUAUUUUCUUACAAGAAUUGCCAGCUUGAAUUUAUUUCCAUUUAUUUUUCCUUUUUACUUGCACAAAGAAUGUAAGUGAUCAUUGCCAUCUUAUCACUGAGAUGAUCGUGUUAAACUUGAAAGACAAAUCUAAAGGUUGAUUUAUAGCAAUAGGGAAUUGUGACAAAAUCUAAAGGUAUCAGAAUAUAUCAAAACCAGACAGGUAUAAUCUCUAGAAAGAAUAAUACUAAUUGAUGCUUCCUUCCAGAGGGGUUUUACUGCAAGAUUAUGGCCUUCAUUCAUACACCAGUUGUGUAUGCAAAGAACACACUCAUAAAUCUGCUUCCCCAGCAGCAUCUAUGUUUCAAAUGGCUGAAACUCUGCAGCAAAGUUCUGACCAAAUUCCUGCCUUCAUGUUCUUGGGAGUGGUGCCAGUGCUCAUUAAUGUCCUGGUAGUUGGCCCAAAUUUAUAUCAGUGGAACAGAGUAGAAUUUGGCUCCUGUUAUCUCCUCUGUUGCGAGAAAGUAUUUGAAAUCGUUUAUGAUCACUGAAAUAACUUCUGAACCUUUUAAAAUUCCCUGUGUUUCAUACUUGCAGGCAUUUGAAGUGCACCCUUAGGAGGUGCAAUACCUCUUUAAAUAGAAUUAAAACUUUCUAGAACUGCUUACUUUGAAAACAGAAAGGGAUGGGUUUGUAAACUGUAAAUAACAGAAAUCUAUUUAUCUUGUUAUUUAUUUUUUCAAUGACUGUGACCUUAUGCACUGUGAAUGCUCUGUGAUAUGGGGUCCUUUGUACAGAUAAAUAUGUCAUGAAAUCCGAAUGGAUUUAAUGUGAUAAUUUGUUACAAAAUGUUGGCAUGAUAUUUGAUUAUUUUUGUUGUGAAAAUUUUAAAAAAAUAGUUAAUUCAGCAUUUAUAAAAGAUUAUAGCAGUCAGUAUUGUAAUGCACUAUAUAAAAAUAUGUACACUAUCAAUAAAUUAUAUAAACAAC